UUUUGUCGUUAACCAAAUACUGCUUGUUGUAUUUGUUCUUCUCUUUAAAUAUAGGAUUUUGGGUUAGGGGAGACGGAGAAGACAACAUGAGAAGAUCAAAGAGGAAGGCAAGUAAGAACACCACCACGGCCACCACAAGUGCCGCCGCUGUCCACGCCGUCACCAUUUCAAACCUCCCAAAUCACAGCACGUGCGACAUUCUAUCUCGACUCCCUCUCAACUCCAUCUUCGCCUGCAAGCGAGUUUGCAAGACCUGGCGUGACCUCACUCUCGAACCCUACUUCGCCAAAUUGCAUCUCUCAAGGUCUCCUCUCAGUCUCAUCUCCUACCACAACGGUAAAGAUAAUAAUAACUCCCCCUCCUUUCACUUCGAAAUUCUUCAACUCCACGAUCCCCCUGUUUUAGGUCGACGGGACGCCACCAUGAAGUUCAGAACUGAAUUCUUCUUCCCUCAUAUGUAUGUAGUAGCCUCAUGUAAUGGGUCAAUUUUGUUGUCAAAUUUCUCGCCUAUUGAUGACCGUAUUAUUAUUGUGUGUAACCCACUUAGGGCACAGCAUUUUAUUCUUCCAAAACCUCCAAAAUUGGCACUAGAGACCUAUAAAUCAGUUCGAUUGGGGUUUGGGCAUAGUCCAAGAACCGAUCAGUACAAGGUGUUAAGAUUUACUUAUACCUAUAGACCGGAUAGAUUGUAUUUGUACUUUGACAUUUUCACAAUUGGGAUUGAUGAUGAGUGGAGGAGCAUUGUAGGCACUGAACAACCACCCGGUCAUAUUAUCUCAAAUUCCGUUUUUCUGAAUGGGGCUCUUCACUGGAUAGGGAAUGAGAAAGCACGGUUCAUUUCCUAUUUCGAUAUCGAGAAAGAGCAAUUUGGAAGCUUCCCUUGCCUUCCAAAAUUGGAAAAAGUUUUUACUAUCUUAGGGUUGUAGAUAAUCGGUUGUACCUUCACAACGACCAUUCAUCCAGUGUAUGGAGAUUCUGGGCAAUGAAAGAUUAUGGAGACUUUGAGUCGUGGACUUUGGAAUGGAUCAUUGAAGAACCAAUUAUUUACAAGUUUAAAGGAUCUGUCAAGCCACUGAAAAUGUUGAAAGAUGGAAGUCUGUUGAUGAUGUUCAACAAAACUAUUCCACAAACCCAAGUCACCAAGACUACUCUAGCAUGUUACAAUCCAAAAACAAAAGUGUUGAAAAAGAUCAAGUAUCAUGUUAUUUUAGCAAGGAGCCCUUCAGUUGCUGACAUACCGUGCUUCUUCUCUCCAAUGGAUGCUUUGAAAUGACUAUGUUAAAAUCUGAGUUCAGAGUCUAUAGAUGUACCAAUGACUUGGGCUCGUCCAAAGGAAGGCAUGAUUAAAAUUAAUGUCGAUGCGGCAGUAUCCAAAGAAGCGAAGACUAUUGGAGCAGGUGCUAUAGCUCGGGGAAAUGAUGGUGUCGUGGUUGGGAUUAUGUACAGUUCGUGAGGGUAUUAUCUCAUCCAGAAUUGCGGAGGCAGUGGCUAUCUGGGAUGGUUUGAAUAUGGGCAUUGCUCUAAACCACACAAAGGUAAUUAUUGAAUCGGAUGUGGAAUCAAUUGUGGGGGGCUGUGCUACCCCAAAGGAGAAACUUUCUGGAGAAGGGUCAUGGAGAAGCAUUGGGACAGUCCCUAGCAAUUCUCAAAACAUCUUGUUUAAUGCGUUCCUCAAUGGUGCUAUUCAUUGGCUUGCUUUUGGCUUUGGUUGUCUGAACUUUUUUGUUGUUUCAACUUUGGGAUUGAGCAAUUUCGGGAGUACCUGAACCUUCUGGGUUUAGCGCGGUUGAAAAACUUUGGUCUGGUCACAUGCGACUCGGACUGCUACGAUGUUGCCUCUCGUUGUGUGAUUAUUUUGACGGUGAUUAUGCUGCAAUAUGGGUGAUAAAUGAUACUGCGGUCAAGGAAUCCUGGAGUAAAGACUGUCAUUCUGAAAAUGAGCAGUGCCAUUAAGUGGUCAACUAAUUAUUACGAGCUGAUAAUGGAUUUUGAGAAUGGAAAAAUCUUGAUGUCCGUAUGAGGAUGUUCAGAUUUAUGGUGGAUGUUCUUCUGGAUUGCUCAUGUUUCUAGUUUGGUUUCACUCAAGAUCUUGUUCAAUGUUGCUUUGGUAAGCAAAAGUUGCCUUUUAGCAUUGCAGGACCUCUAUGGAAAUGUUGAAGCAAAGCUGGACUCACCUCAUUGGCUAUUUAAAGUUCUUUAUAUUGUUAAUGCUUGUAGCUUGAACUUCAAUAGUUUGGGGCUGUUCAAUUGCACAUAAUUUCAACUAAUGCUAGUAGUUUUUUUAUGAACGGCUUCAACUAAUGCUAGUUAAGUACGGUGAA